AUGACACGCCAGCUUCUGCAAGAACCAGUUCAAGAUCUGCUUCAAUCCCUCACAAACCCCGACGGUCCCGACCUUCUCUCAACAUUCACAACAAAUCCUCAGCCAUUGGCCCACGAGCAUGGUCUCCCCCAGCUAGCCCCCUUUCUGGGCCGCCCAUUCUACGGCCAAGAGGGUGUGUCAACCUAUUUUGACCUACUAUCUUCCCAACUGCUGAUUGAGAACAUGACAUUCGAGUCCGAGGAGACGUGGGUCAUAGACGAGAGCUGUAUGGCUAUCGCAUUGCGUGGGACAGGGACCUUCACUUGGAAAGAGACCCAGCAGUCAUGGGAUGAAACUUUCUUCUACCGAAUCAAAGUCGCAGAGGAUGUGAGCGAUGACUCGGAGAAAAAUGGGUCUUUGAAAGUCAGCGAAUAUCAUGUUUGGGCGGAUACUGGGGCUGCGUAUCUCGCUAGCUUGGGCAAGUUGAAUGGCACGUUGGAAUAG